AUGGCUGAUCCCAGCUCUCCAGAUUACAAAAAUCUCUAUCUCCAGGCGGAAGAGAAAAGGAGGCAGGCAGAAGAGCGCGAGAAGCAGGAAGCAGAAGGGAGGCGGCAGGCAGAAGAGCGCGAGAAGCAGGAAGCAGAAGGGAGGCGGCAGGCAGAAGAGCGCGAGAAGCAGGAAGCAGAAGGGAGGCGGCAGGCAGAAGAGCGCGAGAAGCAGGAAGCAGAAGGGAGGCGGCAGGCAGAAGAGCGCGAAAAGCAGGAAGCAGAAGGGAGGCGGCUGGCAGAAGAACGUAACCGACCGACCACUUUCACGGAGCUCAUUCAGCACUGCCAUGUCCUUCUCUCCCGAUCGCUGAGAGUCGAUUCCCCAUCUCGCUCCACCACUGGGAAAAUCCCCCUUCCAACCGGAAAAUACUGCCCAACUCGAUUGGAACAUUGGACCGACUGCCCAAAACAGCUUGAAGAGGUCUACAAGUCCGUCUGCCACUAUCUUCAGCCCGAAACGGGCGAGGCACCUCGUCUAUUUUCAUCUGUGGCUCAAUUAGAAGGGCUCGGCCGUCGGUUUGCUCGCAAACCAGUCAGUAGCGAGCAAGAACUUGAAGCCUACGAGCGGUUUGGCGUUGAAGAACAUGUGCAUGAUAUAAUUAACGAGCUUUGCAGUGUUCCAGCUGCUCGUGAGGAGUUCGGGCUCGGAGACGGAAUCGAGUUCAGUAAUCAUACGAAUUCCUUGAACCGAAACGACCCCAUCGAGGUUGAUGCGAGCCAACUGCCGAGCACAAGUCACCCACGACCGGACCAAUUUUGCAUCAAUCGUGUCGACGGUCACUCGACCACCGUGCUGACGACUGUCGAGUACAAGCCGCCUCACAAGCUAUCUCUUGCAGCUCUUCGCAUGGGCCUUAGACCGAUGGACCUCUGGAAAGAUAUGGUCAGAUCCAAUAAACUACCCACGGACCAGGAAGCGAAGAUGAAAUACAAUGCGGAGCGACUCGUCUGCUCCGCCGUCGUGCAAGAAUACCAUGUGAUGAUUCAGGAGGGACUCGAAUAUUCCUAUCUCACAAAUGGGCUUUCUCGCGUUCUCCUCCGUGUUCCGCGUGACCAGCCUAGCACGCUUUACUACUUUUUUUGUGAUCCUCACCGCGAAGUGAACCCUGCAAACGAUGUUACCUCCCAGCUAUGGAAGUCCACCGUUGCGAGGGUAUUAUGCCUUUGUUUGAUGGCAUUCGGUUCGCCUAACCGUGAGCAAGAAUGGAGAAAUCGUGUGCACCCAAGUCUCUACAAAUGGCAGACAAGCUUUGACCACGCACGCUCGCAGGUUCCCGGGAAGGAGCUGCAGCAGAUUCACCACUCCGAUAGUACCAACCCUGAGUUUCCCAGUCCAGAGUCUGGUUCAUCCUACGGACUACCAUCGUCGUCUCCGCUACCGUCUCCCUCAGAGGGCCGUCAAGUACUUACACGAUCCCAAACCACCUGUGCACCCGCAGAGAUUCGACCGCGCUCGCGGUCACCUGGCUCGUCCGGCUCGGACACCAAUCAAGCAGCUGGCCAUAAGCGGAGGAUCAGCCAAGUCACGCCUUCACCGUCCGCUCGACGACCAGGUCGCCAGCAAACGACUGGGCCUAACCAAAACGACCAUCAUGGACGCCGUGCCGCGCCAUUCUGCACGCAGCGAUGUUUGCUCGGUUUGCAGAACGGGGAUGUGCUGGAUGAGUCGUGUCCAAAUGUGGAUCAUCAUCGCCGGGGCAAGAACCACUUGGUUCAGCACUCAAUCUCAGCUAGGGACAUGAUUCUUUCAUUGAAAAAUGAGUUAGACGAGAAUAUAGAUCGCUGCAUCCCCUUGGGCGGUUGCGGCUCAUACGGUGCCCCAUUCAAACUUACCUGCAUGGAAUAUGGCUACACAGUUAUAGGCAAAGGCACCACGUCGGGGUUGUGGAGAGAAGUUUCUCGCGAAGCGCAGGUUUACCGAGUGCUGCGCAAGGCCCAAGGAUCUGCUGUGCCUGUAUUCUUGGGUACGAUUGACUUGGCAAAAAUCUAUUUUCUUCAUGGCGCUGGAGAAAUCCGCCACAUGCUCGUAAUGGGCUGGGGAGGCGCAUGUACAGCGACGAUGGAGCAGACGCAAUGGCUUCGCCGGGAGACUCACAAAUCGAACAAGGAAAUAAGAGCUCUCGGUAUCAUCCAUGAAGACUUGCGGCGAGAUAAUGUGCUCUGGAGUGAAGAGCUUGGCCGUGCUUUGAUUAUCGACUUUCAUCGCUCUACUAUAAUAUGUCGACCGAGUUUACAGCGGUCGGGGGCAGCCAAACGACGACGACCAUGUCAAACAAAGGCAGGAGAUGUAAAACGUCUUUGUGUUUCGUAA